AUUGUAAGGGACUGUCAACCACUUUUCCCCCCGCGCCAGCAGCCUGUAAUGGGAAUAACCAGAGAUUGGACGUCAGGAAGUCGCAAGCCACCCUCUCAGCUGUGUGGAGGAACGCUUGAGCAGCGCGGAAGGUUGCUUGGUAAACGGUGCAAGCGAUGCAAAUUCCUGCAUGAGGCGGGGGAGCUCCAGAAGGCCUUUUCCCCUCGAAUGGCGACACUCCACUUGAAACCGGAAGAGAGGGUGAGCGAGCCGGGCUGACCUCUUUGCUUCUCAGUCGGCUUUCUUCCGGCUAUGGAACCUCCAGGGCGGGUCCCUGUCGGGGUCCUUAGAAUCUUGACGGACACAGAUUGGUCUGAACCAUGGCUCAUAGGCCUUGUCUUUUUCCACACCGUCUGCCUGUGUCUCACUUACUUUUCAUUCCACCACUACCGCCUGCAAAUAGGACAUUUUCUCUCCCUCAUGAUCCUGGUAUUUUCUGCAGAAUACAUCAAUGAAGCUGCUGCUGCAAACUGGAGAUUAUUCUCAAAACACCAAUACUUUGAUUCAAGAGGAAUGUUUAUUUCAUUAAUAUUUUCAGUGCCCUUGCUGCUAAAUGCUAUCAUCAUUGUGAUUGCGUGGGUUUAUAAAACUCUGAAUGUAAUGACUGAACUAAAGACCUUGCAGCAGAAAAGGAAAGCAAGAAAAGAAAAUAAGAAAAGUAAAUGAAACCAAUUUUAUCUUGCAAUUUUCUGGGGAACUGCCAUAUUGUUGUCCUUCACUUGUGAUUUUAGAAGAUUUGUUGUGUCUGCCGUCCUCCCUCACAAGUAUACUGUCUCCAUUAGCUCACCUCCAGUUUUAACGCCAGUCAUACCAAAUAUUCUGUUGUGGUCUGCUGUGUAAAAAUAGCUUCUUCUGAGUGAGUAUUAAAGGAAGUUCAAUAUAUUCUGUACAUAAAUUAAAUAUGCAUUUCAAAAUUGAGAGACAGGUUCUGCCUCUAGGGUAAUGCUGAUGAGAAGCAAAAGAUGCCUUUUCUAAUAUCAAUAUAUUGUUGAUUUAGCCAUUAUGUUUCCUAUUGGUUGGAUAUCUUAAAGCACAUGGGUAUAUCACUUUACCAAAUGUCUGCUUCAAUGUUAAUUUUAUACUCUGUGUCAGCUGAGACACCAAUCUAAUGUAUGAAGCGGGCUGGGUAAAGAACCAAGAGACUAACCUCCUUGUCAGUUUACAGAAGACUCGUCUGCCUGGAGGUGUGAUUUCUGGCAUUUUCCUCUCUCCACUGCGGACUCCCACUUUCCCCUCCAUGGUGUUCUCAGAGUCCACCAUCCCCCUCUAGUCAUGACUUGUGGGGGGGGGCACUGUAGGUAACAGCAGGAAGAGGAGGGCCCUUUCCUCUAGAUAAUCUAUGUUGAUGCUAUGUAGGAUCCUUCAAGCAUCUUUUCUUGGGUGGAAACUACUUCAGCUUAUUGAGAUUUAUUUUCUGUAUCUGACAUGUAAAUUAAUGUAUAUUAAUAUGCUAUUAAAUAUGUUCCUGUUUUGAAUAA